CCAAACUGUACAUGGCCUUGGCCAAGGAGCAACGGGUGUAGACCUCACCGAAAGCAGGGGUCACCAAGAGGACAGCAGCCAAAAUAGAAACGUUUUUCUUCGUAUCACAACAAAAUGUUCAAAAUCACUUUUGCUAUUUUGGCUGCUGUCCUCUUGGUGGCCCCUGCUUUCGGUGAGGUCUACACCCGUUGCUCCUUGGCCAAGGCCAUGUACAGCUUGGGUGUCCCUAAGGAUCAAUUGGCUCGUUGGACUUGCAUUGCUGAACAUGAAUCCUCGUACAACACCAAGGCUGUUGGCUCCUUGAACUCUAAUGGCUCCCGCGACUAUGGUAUCUUCCAAAUCAACAACUACUACUGGUGUUCUCCUCCCUCUGGUGCCUUCUCUUACGAUGAGUGCAAGAUCAAGUGCGAAGAUUUCUUGGUUGACAGCAUUGAACCCGCCGUCAAGUGCGCCCAAUUGGUAUUGAAACAACAAGGCUGGACUGCAUGGUCCACCUGGAAGUAUUGUGAUGGUACCUUGCCCAGCAUUGAUAGCUGUUUCUAAAUUUGGUUUUGAAGGAUUUUGGAAUAAAAUAAU